GUUCGUUAACCCUGACUGUUAAUAUUGUUAUACCUCCUUUUCAGCAGCAAGGACAUACCUACACUCAAUCUGGUAACUGUGCAGGAACAGACAGGACUAUUUCACUCUGUCUCACUACCUAACAGCUAACCACAAUUCCGCAGCCUUACCUGCUUCACUGACAACUCCGCUCACUCAGCGGACAGCACGGAAGUCAGACGCAGUAGCACACAAGCGCUUAGGAGAAGCGUUACCCACAGGGACAACUCCUGCAAUCUCUGUAAUAGCUCAGCCACAGGAAUACCUAGCACAGCAUCCGGAGUCACAACCAUUCUUUGUAAACCCUAGAGAUGGUUGUGUGUGAAAAUCCCAGUAGAUCAGCAGCUUUUGCAAUACUCAGACCAGCCAGUCUGGCACCAAGAACCAUGCCACGUUCAAAGUCACUUAAUUCCCCUUUCUACCGCAUUCUGAUGCUCAGUUUGAACUUCAGCAAGUCAUCUUCACCACAUCUAAAUGCCUAAAUGCAUUGAGUUGCUGCCAUGUGAUUGGUUGAUUAGCAGAUUGUUUUACCAAGCAAUUGAACAGGUGUACCUAAUAAAGUGACCGAUAAGAAACCAAGAGGAAAAUUCCAAAUCAAAAAUCUGUUGACCUUUAGAACUCUCUAUAUGUUACUACUGAGUGGACUAACUGGAUAUUUGACAUACAAAGUGAUAACCUUGCAGAAGGAAUUUUUGACAUUCAAAGAGGAAGUCUGCCAGUUGCAAUGUUUGGACAAGUCCGACUCCUCUUUAGGUAUGGCAUUGAAGAGAGAAGGGUCAGGAUGGGACCCAGGUUCCUUUCGGGAGUUCCUUCUACAGAUUCUGAAUGAGACCAUCUUAUCAUCUGCGGACUUGGAAACUGAGCGACUGUUCCAACUGGAAAAUGAGAUGAAAACUAUUCGGAACAGUAUAAACAACAUCACACUUAUCCAAGGGCCUCCUGGGUUAAAUGGAACCAAAGGACAACCAGGAACCCCAGGGAAUCCAGGAACUAAUGGUGUGCCAGGAAUGAAAGGACAACAUGGCUCUCCAGGAAAUCCAGGUUCCAAGGGAGAGAAGGGGGAUAGAGGUAAUGCAGGAAUGAAUGGGGAGCCAGGAAAUAAAGGGGAACCUGGCACCCCUGGGAAUCCAGGCUCCAAAGGAGAAAAAGGAGACACAGGUCCUCAAGGAACAAAAGGUGACAAAGGAAAGGAGGGGUUAAUUGGUCUGAAAGGUUCACAUGGAGCACCUGGAGUUCCAGGAGUCAAUGGAUCUCCUGGGCUAAAUGGACUCAAAGGUGAUACUGGAGCUCCUGGGCCAGAAGGACAGAAAGGCAGCAGUGGUUCUUCUGGAAUUCAAGGAUUGCCUGGUCCUUCUGGUCCUCCUGGGCAAAAAGGAGACAAAGGUGACAUUGGCAUCUCUGGCAAAACAGGACUACAAGGAAUCCCUGGGAGACAAGGUGAAAAGGGAGACAAAGGUGACAAAGGAUCUAUUGGAAAUACAGGGCCAAAAGGUGACCAAGGUACUCCAGGUUUGAAUGGACCUCCUGGUGAAAAGGGAGAAUCUGGCCAAACUGGCCUCCAGGGUCCAAAAGGAGAUCGUGGGGAGAAAGGAAGUGGUUCAUCACAAGUUGUUAGAAUUGCAGGUGGAGGAAACAGAGGACGUGUAGAAGUCAAAUAUAAUGGGGAAUGGGGAACUAUCUGUGAUGACAAUUGGGAUAUGCAAGAUGGCAAAGUGAUCUGCAAAAUGUUGGGUUUCUCCAGUGUUAUUGAGACUUUCACUGCAGGAGGAGGUGAGGGAAAAAUUCUCAUAGAUGAUGCAGCUUGUACUGGUAAUGAGGAGAGCAUAUAUUUAUGUCCAAAAACAGAUUGGGGCGUGCACAACUGCAACCACAGUGAGGAUGCAGGAGUAAGCUGCGGAUAGAGCACAUUCAACUCACCAACAUUCUGACUCACUGAUUGGAUGGCACUAUGUACUUUGUGAAUACAACAACAAUAUAUAAAGCAAUAUGAAAUUAGGGCCCUGUAAUUAUUUUCUGAUUUAUAAGAAUUUAUACAAAUUAUCUUUAAAGGGACACUCAAGUCAAAAUAAACUUUUAUGAUUCAGAAAGAGCAUGCAGUUUUAAGACACUCCAAUUUACCUUCAUUAUCAAAUUUUGCACACUAUUUUUAUAUUCACACUUUCUGGGGAACAAAAUCCUACUGAGCAUGUGCACAAGCUCACAGGGUAUAUGUAUACUAGUCUGUGAUUGGCUGAUGGUUGUCACAUGAUACAGGGGGCCGGAUAAUGGGAGAAAAUAAAAAAAUUGUCAGAAAAAAAUCUACUGCUUAUUUGAAAUUCAGAGUAAGUGUUAUUGUAUUUUAUUUUUAUUAUGCACUUGUUAAUUAUUAAAUUCUACUGCUUUGAGUGGUCCUUUAAUUAAAUUUUAUUUUGGUGAUCAAAAAAACCUACAAUCAUUUUACAUGUAUAUGAAGAUAUUAUCCACUACAUUUGGAAGUUAAAUAUUAGUAGUACAUAUUAACACAUUUUCUGUAAAAUUGCUGUAAUAAAAAUGUAGAAUAUCAGUGGGAACAAUAAAAUGGUUAUUUAAAUUAAA